AUGAAAUCUGGAAUGAAAAAAACGCUUGGCUAUCCUACGUGGAAACAUGAGCUCGUUUCAACGGUACUAUUUUCGAUCCCUAGAAAUGAAAAGUCAUUGACUUAUUUGGGUUUUAAUGUCAUCAAAUAUGUACACUACAUUAAUUCUCAGCCUACGCCUACCAAAGCCAAUUCAGUUGCCAACGACAACAAUGUUGCCCUCGACAACGAUGUUGCCCUCGAUAACGAUGUUGCCCUCGACAACGAUAUAGACUACGACAAGGGGAAUUUUAGAAUAAACUUUAAAAAUCCGGCUUGGUUACGCUCUGCGCCUUGCAAAGGGCUUUCGAAUGAUACCAGUUUCAAAGCCGUCGGACAAUAA